CAACCGGUCUCGAUUGUUGGACGUUCCCCGGGGUGGCCACACGGGGGCGACAGAAUGCAAGAUAAGAAUUUCAUUUCGCCCACUUUUCAACGCUCAAAUUCUCGUCAUAUGACGGCUUUUUCAUCAAGGCUGAACUCUUGUCCUCGCAAGAUUUGAGAGGUCGGAGGACAUUUUCUUGUCAUACACUUUAUUCUUAUGAACGUGAGUGCGCUUGAACUUUGAUCUUCAAAUGUUGACCUUGAAGUAAUUGAUUUUUUUCUUUCUAAACUCUUCGUUUUAUUAUCAUUCUGUUAUAUGUUUUUGAAUUUUAAAGUAUCUCUGUCAUGAUAGGACUUCUUUUCGUUCGUUUUUGUGCCCUGCGAUUGACUGGCAAACCGGUUGAGGGUAUCCCCUCGCCUACAAUAGAACGAGGCGGGAAGGCUUUAUUGUAAAAGAUCAAGUGCUUCAUGUUGAAUGGAGGCCCAAGUCCAAUUGCUUCUUUGGCACGCUCAAACAUGGCGAAUCAAAAUUCUUGAAUCUUAUCAAUGACUGUCUGACUUUAAUUCUUGUAAAAGUGCUGUACAACAUUUUAUCGUAAUAUUUUCGCAUUUUUUGCAACAAAAUCAAAUUGUCGUUGUCGUGGGACUCUAUCCUCGUAUUGAAACUUUAUUUUGCUUUGGUUGUCUUUUGCAUCCUCCUAAGAUUUCCCUGUGGAACAUUCAGUUGAGCUCUUGUAACGCGCAGUAGUUCCGUCGAAAAUGUUGCUGUUGUUGUUUCAGCCGCUAGAGAGCACUGUAGCCGUGGAAACUCUACGUACAGCAUGCCCAGGUUCUACUUGACAUGCGUAGGCUUUUUUUCUUUGGUGGCUUUCGCUCAGUCUUUUUGGUCCUCCCAGCCUUGCUUCCCACCUUUUUUCCACCUCUCUCUGUACAGUAGUACUUCUCCACCCCCCUCUGCGGCCCCUCUCUCUUUUUCCCGUCUCCCUCCCUCUUUAUUUCUUUCGCUCAUCCUUCUCUUUCCAUUCCCCGGGGCUCCGUGUCUCUUACCUGCCUGCUUGUUCCUCUCUCUCUCUCUCUCUCUCUCUCUCUCUCUCUCUCUCUCUCUCUCUCUCUCUCUCUCUCUCUCUCUCUCUCUCUCUCUCUCUCUCUCUCUCUCUCUCUCUUCUUCGCCAUCCUUCCUUUCUUUCCCCAUGCACUCACCCCUCUCUCCUGCCCAUGUUGUGUGACGGAGAGAAUGUGUGUGAUCAUAGCCCCUAUAAAAGGUUAAAAGGUUGAGGUCACAACCACUUGUGCGCGUGCGUAUGUGUGUUGUGUGUCGGGCGCAGGAAAUGGGAAAUUGUGUAAGGCUGCCUUCAUUCCCGGCGAACCACGCCUGGCUGCUGCGUGCGUGUUGCUAUUAAUAGCUCGCGUCUUCCUGACUACUGAAGGCCGCUGAAGUUGUGUUUUCUUUUUUUUUCUUUUCCGCCUAAUCAGAUGUCAGCGAUGAGGCACACAGACGCAGACGCACUCACUCGCUCGCCGCAAACGUUAGUCAGCCAGAGAUUCAAAUGACCGUGAGUGAUGCAAGCACAAGCCGGCCGACGUCGUCGGAUGGUGCGGUUCGUUGCCAAGACCUCUCGACCCCGUCGUCUUCUUCCUGUUUAGUCUGGUUUUGGAUAGCCCCGCCCCCUACGCACAACUCAGCCAGAGGGGUAGAGGCCAGCAGACAUGCUGUCAUUCUAUACACGCCGCGUACGCCCUUAUUUGGACAUCUGCGCUUGCCUGUUUUCACGCUCAACCCUGCGUGAGUCAUGUGACGCCAUGGGAGAAGGAGGAGGAAGGAGCACAAGAGUAAACGCCUCAUCGGACCAGAACCAAGUUGUAGAGACAAAGCAGCCAAGGCGACUUACGCAACUCCGUCUGGAGAAGGAAGGCUGACCACGGGCGGCGUGGACACUUUGCUCGGGGCGCCAUGUCGGCGGGCCCCUUCCACCUCAUGCAGAGCCUGAAGAAGUCGCCGGCCGCGCUGCGCCGCCACUUCCGCCGCGACCGCACCGAGUCGCUGUCCCACGGCGACCCGCUCUUUAAGGUCCACUACCUGGGCACGGAGAAGAUCUUCUCCCUGGAUCGGGAGCAGGCGCGGGACGCCAUCGGCCGCCUGCUGGCGGGCGGGGCCGGCGCCAAGAAGCUGAGCAAAGACCACGCGCUGGUGGUGCGGCCCCGCUACGUGGAGGUCAAGGAGCUCAGCACGGGUCGGCAGCUGGCCAAGACGUACCUGCAGGACAUCGCGUACUGCGCCGCCGACGCCGAGCGCCCCAACCUCUUCCUGUACAUCUGCAAGCACCAGGGCCAGCAGCUGCAGUGCCGCGUCUUCUGGUGCAAGCGGGCCGAGCGGGCGCGGGACAUGACGGACUGCCUGGCGCGCUCCUUCCAGCGUGCGCUGAGCGAGUGCCAGAGGGAAGGCUCGCCGAGCGCCCACGCCGCCGUCGCCAAAAGCUACACGCUACCUGCCGCCCUGGGCAAAGUCCGCUGGCGGAAAAGCCUGUCCCGAAGCCCUCUCCGAGCCCGAGGCUCCGUCUCCGACAGCUGGAGCUGAAAGGAGCGUGGGUCCCUCCCGAAGCCAUUGGCGCUUCCAAACGGCUGCCGGAGCGAGCGCCGGCCAUCGUGCUUUUUGCUCCUCCCUCAAAAUGACUUGCAUCGAGUUUUGCCACAUUGCAAAUUUUUUUUAGCAAGGUUUGUGAUUUCUUUCACACAAGUGACUGCUGAAGGGAGUAUCUUUUGUAUUUUAAUUUUUGUACUGCACCUUCUAAUGUACGUCGUCUUUAAUGAAAUAUGCAUUAAAAGGAUUUUAUACACA